AUGCCCUCCAGACUAAAGAAGACCCGGAAGCUUCGGGGCCAUGAGAGCCACGGCCAUGGCCGCAUUGGCAAGCACCAGAAGCACCCCGGAGGCUGGGGUAAUGCUGGUAAUGCUGGUGGCAUACAUCAUCACAGGAUCAACUUCGACAAAUAUCACCCAGAUUACUUUGGGAAGGUUGGUAUGAGGCAUUGCCACUUGAAGAGAAAUCAGAGCUUCUGCCCAACUGCCAACCUUGAUGAAUUGUGGACAUUGGUCAGUGAGCAGACACGAGGAAAUGCUGCCAAAAACAAGACUGGAGCAGCUCCCAUCAUUGAUGUAGUCUGA